AUGGCGACACCUAGGUCUGUUCAGGCUAAAGGAUAUUUGCUGUACAGGUAAGCUAUUUCUGUCAAUCUGCACGGAACCAGCAAGAGGUUUUCAGAGAGCAGCGACAAAGGCUGGUUCCGAUCCUUAUUUGUGCACAAAGUCGAUGCCAGGAAAGAUGCUCACUCCAACCUGCUUUCAAAGAAGGAGACCAGCAACUUGUAUAAGAUUCAAUUUCAUAACGUCAAACCAGAAUGCCUAGAAGCAUACAACAGUCUGGAGGCUGAAGUGCAGAAAAGACUUCACGAGGACCAGGACUACCCGUGUGAGGUAGUUGGAAGCUGGAAUACCUGGUAUGGAGAACAGGAUCAGGCUGUGCAUCUGUGGCGAUACAGAGGAGGCUACCCAGCUUUGACUGAUUGUCUGCAGAAGUUGAGAGCUAACAAGGAGUACUUAGAGUUUCGGAAGGAAAGGGCCAAAAUGUUGCUUUCAAGACGAAAUGAACUUCUUCUGGAGUUCAGUUUCUGGAAUGAACCCCUUCCCAGACAAGGACCAAACCUCUAUGAAAUGCGCACCUAUUACCUUAAGCCAGGAACCAUGAUUGAAUGGGGCAAUCGCUGGGCAAGGGCAAUCAAACAUAGACAAGAAAACAAUGAGGCAGUAGGCGGUUUCUUCACACAGAUUGGCCAACUCUAUGUUGUUCAUCACUUGUGGGCUUAUGAGAGCCUCCAGUCCAGAGAGGAGACAAGAAACUCUGCCUGGCGGAAAGAAGGAUGGGACGUAAACGUGUAUUAUACAGUGCCUUUGUUGCGAAGUAUGGAGUCAAGAAUAAUGAUUCCAACUAAGAGUUCACCUUUACAAUGA